AUGACUGACGCGGUGAUCGGCUCGCUUUGCGAGCGAUUUACAACUCGACUAAAGGAAAAUUCCUCGGUCAACUAUAACCGACAUCGGUUCUUCCGCAAUGGCACCGUGAAAAAGGUCUUUGAAAGCAACCAGCAAGACCUGCGAGAACUGCUGCGAUGUUUGUGUCAGGCUAAUGGCACUCCCCUCACACACGUACCGGACAUUCUACGAAGAACGUUAACAGACCUGAGCUUGAUUUUUGCAAUCCUAUUAUUCGCCCGCGGGCGCCAGGAGAGAGAUGUUCUGCGACAGUUCGUGGAUUUCGCACUUGAGACAGGCGCUGACCAUGUCGCUCCACGUCAGUUCACCGAUACAGACCUCCCUAUCUCCCUCGAGAUGGCGACCAGCCAUUUUCCCCUGCAAGGAGUCGAAUUUUACCACAAACAAUUUCGGUUCUGCGCCGUUACGCUGAUGAAGCGCGAAGAAGUCGUAUACGAGCAACAUCGAUUCCAGUGCCCACUGCCGUAUCUCGAGGAGACAAAGAUCGGGGAAGGCGCUUUCGGUCAAGUGUGGAGGGUACGGAUUGAAGAACAACAUUUCCAGUCACGAUCCGAUCGUACAACCACCACCGAAGCAUUGGAGCUUGCGCGAAAAGACUUUCAGUUAGAUCGAGAGGGUAGAGGGGAGCAACAGAUUCUGAACAAGAUCCUGGAUCAGCCACGUCGACACAAGAAUAUCAUGGUGGCGCUGGCGAGUUUGCAAUAUGGACCCACGUAUAGUUUGUUUUUUCCACUCGCGUCCUGCAACCUAUGGGAAUACCUGAACGGAGUUUACUCUGAAGAUCGCUUUCCUCCGUCUACGUGGGAAGAAAAGAAGGACAUCUACUCGCGUGGAGUAACGUUAGCCGGAGCACUGGCGUUCCUUCACCAUGAAUUUCGCGAUCAAAAACUGGAGGUAUUUUCAUGCUACCAUCUUGAUCUGAAGCCACACAAUAUACUUGUCUUCGAUGCGUAUAGCCCGUCCGAGACUUGGAAAAUUACGGAUUUCGGACUAUCGCGUGUCAAGGGUAGAGGGCUAGAUGGUGAAGCAGAUGUGGAGCUCGUGAUGCCUAUAAUGGGGAGAGGCCAUAAGAGACCGAGGCGACUUCAGGAGCCAUCGACGUUGAAUCGAAGAGGCGAAGGUACUUACCUUGCCCCGGAAUGUUCAUUACCUAGUGGCCGGGUCAGCUCUGCCAGCGAUGUUUGGUCGCUCGGCUGCAUCAUCAGUCUGGUGAUGUCUUAUAUUGAUUCGGGAUAUAGCGGCGUGGUGGCAUUUGCGAGGCAACGACGCAGACAGGACCACGGGGACAAAUUCUAUACAAUCCGACAUGGGAAGCCAAAGCUUUCACCGGUAGUCAUUGCGUGGUACGAGAAGCUAAAGCACAGAGCUCGAGCAAGUUCGUUUGCGAUGGAGCACGAGAUUGUAUACCGAACACUCGACUUUCUGCAGAACGUCAAUAAGCGGCGUAUUUCAUCGAAGAUCAUCGGAAACACGGAGCAGGUGGCGGCUGCGAGACCUUCAUUCUCUUCAGCCUAUACUCCUAGCUAUGAGAAACUCCGUAUUGAGACAAGCAUGCCCAUUCUUGGAACCGCGUUUGCACCGGGCGGCGAUGUUUUGCUGUUCCAAUCUCAGCAGAAAGUGCAAGUGUUUUUCCUCGACGAAAUCCUGUCCUCUGUAGAGCGGCUCCCGAAACCGCGAGUGAUAAAUAUUGCUAGGGCAUCCUUGGAAUGCGUUGCGAGUAGCUCGGGCUUUCUCUGUGCCUGCCUCGCUACGACAUGCUUCGAGUGCAUCUUCUACGAAACCACCAUCUCAUCCGAGUCGCAAGGAAAUAGCAUCCUCCAGGGUUCAAGAGUCCACUAUCCGCACAUGGGCUCUAUCAAAAAGGUUGCCAUGUCCGCCGAUGGGCUUCUAACAGCAUUCAUCGUCACGCGAAACCCCGGAGACUCUGAUUCAGAUGCUCUCUUAUAUCUGUCAACUACACAGAAUCUCCUGAACAAUGCAAGCGAAGGACAUAGCUCACCUCCAUCAAGCCGAUCAAACUCUGCGGUAUCCUACCAAGAUUCUGAUAGCAUCACUAGUGGCGGAAAUAUCAUCUUGCGUGAUUCGAUGGUCGGCCCAGCGACGCAAAUCCGCUCAUUAAGAUUCUCUAACGAUAAUCACUACCUGAUCAUGGUUUCCCAGGUAGAUCCUGUACACCUUUUGGUUCGAGCAUGGGACACAUAUAGCGGUAUCUCCUGCGCAAAUUUGAAAAUAGGGUUUCAGGGGGCAGCUUCUGUGGAUGAACCUCUCUACACUGCAUGUUCUGUCUUCAAUCGGGAACCACAGCUAUUUAUACUUUGUCAACGGAAAUACCUUCUCCACCUCAGCUCCUGGCGUUGGGAUCGCCAGGUUCACACGCUCCCUAACCAGGCAGUGAACGUAUUCGUGCGUGAUGAUGACGAGGCCCUGAUUAUACUAGGUGAUAAUGGGAGCGAUCGUCGGCUUCGCACCUAUGUCUUGCCGAUCCCCAUUUCGGGCAGGCCCGAACCAGCGAAAGUAGCGCUCAGUAACCUGAACCAGUAUAGGCCAGCUCUAGACAGCGCUGUACUGACACGCACAACAAGGGGGCAGAUUGUGUUGGUAGUGGCCACCGCAAGGGGUGAAUUCCUGGCUGUGAAGCUUCCAGACGGAACAUGA